GAGAAGAGGAGGAGGCGGCGGCGGCGGUGGAACCGGAUUGGCUGCUCCCGGCGCCCUGCGGCGGCCUCGGGAGAGGCGCGACCGGUCACGGCAAAGGGAUGCCAUCUGGGAGCGCCCCGUGUCGGGUCAUUGUGCACUUGGACCUGGAUUGCUUUUAUGCACAGGUCGAAAUGAUCCAUAGCCCUGAUUUAAGAGGCAAACCUUUAGCUGUGCGGCAGAAAACCCUGGUCGUCACCUGUAAUUAUGAAGCCAGAGCACUUGGAGUAAAGAAAGCCACGACGGUCAAAGAAGCGACAGAAAAAUGUCCACAACUGGUGCUGGUUAAUGGAGAAGAUCUUACAAAAUACAGGGAAAUGUCUUACAAGGUUACAGCACUGUUGGAAGAAUUUACUCCACUGGUGGAAAGGCUCGGAUUAGAUGAAAACUUUGUGGAUGUUACUGAGAUGGUAGAGAAGAGGCUGGAAGAGUGGGAAAGGGAUGGUUCUUCUCCGAUCUCUAUCUCUGGUCACGUGUAUGGUAAUCAGACUGUCAAUCCACACGAUCCAGCGCAUCUAAGGUUGGCGGCUGGAUCUCAGAUAGCCGCGGAGAUGAGAGAAUCCGUGCACGCCAGGCUGGGCCUUACGGGUUGUGCCGGCAUAGCUUCUAAUAAAGUACGGUCCAAAUUGGUCUCUGGGACUUUCAGGCCAAAUCAGCAAACCAUCCUGUUGCCCGAGAGUCGGCGUGGUUUGAUGUCCAGCCUUGAACACAUAAGGAAACUGCCAGGUAUUGGGUCUAAAACCGCACAACGCCUCGCAGCCCUUGGACUUACCACAAUUUGUGAUCUCCAGAGGUGUUCGGCUGCAGUGCUGGAGAGAGAGCUGGGUGUUUGGGCUGCGAGGCAUCUGCAGAAAGUGAGUCAUGGAGAAGAUGAUGCUCCCGUCACCCCAUCAAGGCCUCCUCAGUCUCUAAGUGAUGAAGAUUCCUUUAGAAAAUGCACUUCAGAAGCAGAGGUUAAGAAGAAAGUUGGAGAGCUCAUUGCUAGCCUUUUGGACAGAUUGUACAAGGAUGGAAGAAAGCCACAUACCAUAAAGUUAACGCUUCGCCAGGUUUCUCGGGGACUUUGUCGGGAGGGCCGCCAGUGUCCAAUUCCAUCUCACGUGGUCCAGAGGAUUGGAACAGAUGACUCCAGCGUCCAGACUCAACUGGUCGCCUUAGUUAUGAAGCUGUUUCAUAAGAUGAUAAAUGUGAAAGGUCCGUUUCACCUCACCCUUCUAAGUGUCUGCUUCUCCAACCUGAAAGCCCCUCCCGCUUCUACCAAGCAGUCGAUCGGGUUUUAUUUAAUUCGGCCAUCUCCUUCCAACUGCAACAAACUUGUUCAAAAAACAGAAGACGUUGUCAGUGCAGAACAUACACCUCCAGAAGGUCGAGUAGGGGGCCGUGAAGUCUCACCAGGAGAAGGAAAUGGAAGCACGACACAAAUGCCACCGGAGACCCCAGACCAAACUGGAGGUCUUGAAUUCCCCCUUGACUUGCUUCCCGCCGGCAUUGACUAUGAUGUGUUCAACCAGCUUCCGAGGGAAAUUAAAGAAGAGAUCAUUUCUAGCCAAAAGGGGGAAAGAGAUACUGCGACAAGUGUUUUGAGUCACUCAUUAUUUGCCUCAAGGGAAGACACAGAUCUCUUGAGGUUACUGCAAACGCACCGGCAAGCGAGCAUACGUGGUCGGCUUUUAAAAGCUCGUCUCCGGCUCAGCCUCGGUUUUGCCAAGCCUACAUUCCAGAGCCGCAGGAACAAACCAAUGAAGGAAGUUCCCAUGACGGAGAUCAAAAAGGAGGGUCUCAGUGCAUCCUCCCUUCCAGUGUUGAUGCCAAAACAUUCUCCGAGCUGCCUGCAGAGAUACAGAAGGAACUGCUGGUGGAAUGGGAGAGCCGGGAACCGGUUUCCAAACAGCGUGUCGCAGUGA